AUGCCUGCUAAAAGGAGAAAUUACGCGGCAACCAUCUUUUUGACCGCGACGGCACUGCUGAUUGGCGAUACCGUCGCACUCACGUCCGGUCGCGCUCUUUCGCGAUCAGCAAGUGAUCGGUAUGCGCACCGGGGCAUACCUUGUCAAUCAUCCUCCGCACUUCUGUUGAAGGAUGGUUCUCGUGACAGCGCCGAUAAAAAUUCUCCACAGCGACAGCAAGAAAUGCUCAUGGAAGAAUUGUCCAAAAUUGGUGCCGAAAAAAUUGCCGGGCUGGGCGUCGUGGAACGUGCCAAACGCGCCAUGCUGGCUGAAGCCAUCGAAGACCGUAUCUUCCACCUCACGGAGGAGAUUGAGGUUCUGCUCGAAAAGAAUGGGACACUAGCUGCGCAGAAUCGUGAUCGGGCGAUAGAGUUGGCCCAGCAAACCAAAGGACUGCAAGUUCAGUACCAUGAACUAGUGAGCGGCCAGCCGUCGUCGGUUCUGCAAUCAUUGGAAGCGCUGGACAGCAACGAAGAGGAGUAA